AUGGGUUCUCUAGGCACUGAAAUACCGCCUCCGGCGGCUAAGCUUGCUCCUGUGCUACCAGAUUACUACGCCAAAUUGAAGACGGAUGCUAAACGAACGGUCGACACGCUGGAGGAGUCGUGCACCUGGGGAAACACACCUGAUGGUGGCAUGAACAGAUUGACAUGCAACGAUGAUGACCGUAAAGUUCGAGAAUGGUUUAUCCAAGAGACCAAAAAGUGUGGAUGCCAGGUCAAGGUGGAUGCAAUGGGCAACAUCUUUGCCAUUCGGCCAGGAGAGAAUAAUGACCUUCCGCCUAUUGGACUGGGCUCACAUCUUGAUACGCAGCCGACAGGUGGUAAAUAUGAUGGCAUUCUCGGCGUGGUGUCCGGAAUGGAAGUCUUAAAAACUAUCCAUGCCAACAAUAUUACGACAUAUGCACCGCUAGCUGUCAUCAACUGGACCAACGAAGAGGGCGCAAGAUUCCCGCCAGCUAUGCUGUCUUCAGGUGUCUGGGGAGGGGCUUUCACCACAGAAUAUGGCCACAACCGGUCGGACAUGGACGGUAUUACCCUGAAGCAGGAACUAGAACGUAUUGGUUUCUUGGGUGAAAUCCCAUGCAGCUAUGACGCAAAUCCAUUGUCAGCGCAUUUCGAGGUUCACAUUGAACAGGGGCCGAUCCUUGAUGCUGCCGAGUCUGCAGUCGGUAUCGUAAAGGGCGUGCAGUCAAUCCGAUGGUACAAUGUAGACGUUGUCGGUCGCGAAGCUCACACUGGAACAACUCCUAUGGACCGGCGGAGCGAUGCUCUCUUGGGAGCGGCUAAGAUGAUCGUAGAAACCAAUCGCUUUGUGACCGAGGGCGAGCUUGCCGCUAGAGGAGCCCGCGCUACAAUUGCGGUAAUCAACUCAGGGCCCCAAAGUAUCAACACAAUUGCCGGUAAGGUGCGCAUGGGACUCGAUAUCCGUGCACCAGCAGAUGCAGAUGUUGAGACUGUCGAGGCGUUAUGUAGAGCUAGGUUUGAGGAGAUCUGCAAGGAGCACGGUCUGACUAUGGAGUUCGACUGUUUUUGGAUCUCGCCUGCUCUCCACUUCGAUCCAAUUAUGGUACAAUGCGUACGAGACUCCGCGAAGAGUAUUGACUGUGGAAUGGAGCUCGUUAGCGGCGCAGGCCAUGACUCUGUCUACACCUCAUUGAAGGUGCCGACUGCUAUGAUCUUUGUCAGAUGUCGAGAUGGUGUUAGCCAUAAUCCGGCAGAAUACUCUCGACCUGAAGAUUGUGCCGCUGGUGCCGAGGCACUUUUGGGAGCAUAUCUGAGAUAUGAUGACUAUUUGCGAAGGACAACUCAAGGAAGCAAGUGA